GGCCGUUUUCCCAUAAAAGAGAGGCAAAAAAUGGCGGAGCAAUCGUCGCUGUUUUCUCGUGAGCACGGGCUUGUCGUGUUCGAUCGCUUGAAGAUGAAGUUGAACAACGAAAAUGCUCUUCUACCGAGAAUUCCAUCGAUUUGCGAGUUCUCUGGUCAAUGGCGAUUUCCACAGUUCGCAUUACCGAUGGAAUUUGUCCCGUCUUCUCCCCAGUCUCGAGAAGAGCUCACAAUCGCGAUUUUUCCUACUGGAAGUCAACCCGACGGUUGACCUCCGUCGCGAUCGGGCGUCUCCGGGACGGAGGAAAAGUGACGGCGACGGUGAAUCCGUAUUCGAACACGGACGCCGUGCGGCCCGAGGAGCGGAAGAGUCUGACGGAUUUUUUGGCGGAAGUUAGAGAUUUCGACGGCGGAGAUGGAGGUCCGCCACGGUGGUUCUCUCCGUUGGAAUGUGGGGCUCGCGCUCCAGGAUCUCCGCUUCUCCUCUACAUACCCGGGAUCGAUGGUACUGGAUUAGGGCUCACUCGCCAGCAUAAGAGGCUUGGAGAGAUAUUUGACAUAUGGUGCCUUCAUUUUCCAGUCAGUGAUCGUACACCGGCUCGAGAAAUUGUGAAGCUCAUUGAGAGGAUAGUUAGGUCUGAGUACUACCGUUACCCAAAGACACCCAUAUAUAUAGUUGGAGAUUCUAUUGGUGCUUGUCUUGCUCUAGAUGUUGCAGCGAGUAACCCUGACAUUGAUAUUGUCUUGAUUCUGGCUAAUCCAGUCACACGUUUCAACAACCUCAUGUUGCAACCUUUAUUGAGUCUACUGGAACUAUUGCCUGACGAAGUUCCCUGCUUGAUAGAGGAGAAUUUUGGGUUUAAACAAGGUUAUCCGUUUGCGGCAAUGUUCGAGAGUAUGCUGAAUGAAACUGUCGCGCAGAUGAGUGGUGGGCUCUUAGGAGACUUCUUUAAAACUUCAGCUAAUCUGCCUACUCUGAUUAAGAUCUUUCCCAAGGACACACUUCUAUGGAAGCUUCAACUGCUGAAGUCUGCUUCAGCAUCUGCUAAAUCUCGCAUGUACACUGUCAAAGCCCAAACACUGAUACUUCUGAGGUCCAUAAACUUUGGACACGACCAAUGGUUACUGAACAAGGAAGACAUUGAAAAACUCCGUUGUGCAUUGCCGAAAUGUGAAGUCCGGAAGUUUGAGAAUAAUGGACAGUUCCUCUUCUUGGAGGAUGGGGUAGAUCUGGCGACUAUCAUCAAGAUUGCCUAUUAUUAUCGCCGUGGAAAGAAACUUGAUUACAUUUCAGAUUACAUUCGGCCUACUCCGUUUGAGCUCAAAGAGUUUGAAAAAUCACAAAGAUUGCUAACCGAUGCUAUUUCUCCAGUAUUUCUCUCAACUCUAGACAACGGUACAAUAGUAAGAUCACUUGCAGGAAUACCUUCAGAAGGACCGGUUCUGUAUGUUGGCAAUCACAUGUUGCUUGGUAUCGAAUUGCGUCCAGCAGCGAUUCAUUUCUUGAAAGAGAGGAACAUUUCGUUGCGUGGACUGGCGCAUCCAGUGAUGUUCACCAAAAAAAGUGGCUCAAAACUCCCUGAUUUGCAGAUGUUCGACUCGGUUAGGAUAAUAGGCGCAGUUCCUGUCUCGAAUAUGAAUUUCUACAAACUGCUUCGUUCGAAGGCUCAUGUGGUUUUGUAUCCUGGGGGUGUUCGCGAAGCUUUGCACAGGAAGGGUGAAGAAUACAAGUUGUUUUGGCCAGAACAUUCAGAGUUUGUGAGAAUCGCAUCUAAAUGUGGAGCAAAAAUCAUUCCUUUCGGCGCGGUUGGAGAAGAUGAUCUCUGUCAAAUUGUUUUGGAUUACAAUGAUCAAAUGAAGAUUCCUUUCCUGAAGGAUGUCAUAGAAGAGAUAACACAGGACACAAUUAAGUUGAGGAACGGUGAGGAAGGCGAAGUGGGAAACCAAGAUUUGCAUAUGCCUGGAAUAAUUCCAAAGAUUCCGGGACGGUUUUACGUAUGCUUUGGGAAACCGAUUGAAACAAAAGGUAGAGAGAAAGAGCUAAAUGAUAAAGAGAAAGCUCAUGAGGUUUACUUGCAGGUCAAGUCUGAAGUAGAAAGAAGUAUGACCUAUUUGAAGAUGAAAAGAGAAAGUGACCCUUACAGAAACAUAUUGCCAAGGCUGCUUUAUUACCUCUCACAUGGUUUCUCUUCUCAAAUCCCAACCUUUGACCUCCGAGAUAAUUAAAUUACAGUUACUUAGAUUUGUUUUAUAUUACAGUAUUAACUAAUAAUUUAACUGUGUGACGUUGGAAGUAAUAAAAGUGGAAAAUAUGAAUUUGGGUUUGUUCUGUAACUUUUUAAGAGAUGGAUUUGAUUCAUGUCUCCGAAUU